CCAUCCCCCAGUCCGAAAACUCCAUAGUCUUAAAUGUCAUCCUCAUGCAGAUAUUAUAUAUUUAUACGUGAUUACACCAGAUAUAGAUGCAUAGACAGAAUUUCAAAGGGUGUGUAAGAUGGCUGAGAUGACUGGUGCUGGCGGCCAGUAUCCGGAUUUUCCGGCCGUCGCGACCCACGGCGGAAGAUACAUAAAGUACAAUAUCUUCGAAAAUUCGUUUGAGAUCACUGCAAAGUAUCGGCCGCCAAUCAUGCCCAUCGGCCGCGGGGCUUAUGGCAUCGUGUGCUCGAUGUUGAAUACGGAGAGCAAUGAAAUUGUGGCAAUGAAGAAAAUAGGAAAUGCUUUUGACAGUUAUAUUGAUGCAAAGAGGACACUUCGAGAAAUUAAGCUUCUUCGCCAUUUGGAUCACGAGAAUGUGAUUAGCAUAAGAGAUAUAGUUCCUCCUCCUUUAAGAACGGAAUUCAUGGAUGUCUACAUUGCCACUGAACUCAUGGACACGGAUCUUCAUCAGAUAAUUAGAUCUAAUCAAAGCUUGUCUGAAGAACAUUGUCAGUAUUUCCUGUAUCAGAUCCUUCGAGGAUUGAAAUACAUACAUUCGGCUAAUGUUAUCCAUCGAGAUUUGAAGCCCAGCAACCUGCUGCUGAAUGCUAAUUGCGAUCUUAAGAUUAUCGAUUUUGGUCUUGCAAGGCCUACCAUGGAAAAUGAAUUCAUGACAGAAUAUGUUGUAACAAGAUGGUACCGGGCACCCGAGCUGUUGCUUAAUUCCUCGGAAUAUACUGCUGCAAUAGACGUGUGGUCUGUCGGUUGCAUCUACAUGGAACUUAUGAACCGAAAACCUUUAUUCGAGGGAAAAGAUCACGUGCAUCAAAUGCGCUUGGUGACGGAGCUUCUGGGCACUCCCACAGAAUCUGAUCUUGACUUCAUCCUAAAUGAGGAUGCAAAAAGAUAUAUUCGGCAACUUCCACGACAUCCCCGUCAGCUGUUAGCACAGGUUUUCCCACAUGUAAAUCCAUUAGCCAUCGACCUGAUUGAUAAAAUGCUGACAGUCAAUCCUGGAAGGAGAAUUACAGUUGAAGAAGCUUUGGCGCAUCCUUAUCUUGCAGGACUGCAUGACAUAGCUGAUGAGCCAGUAUGCUCAGACCCAUUCUCUUUUGAUUUCGAGCAGCAAGUCUUAACAGAAGAGCAGAUAAAGGAUAUGAUUUAUCAGGAGGCUUUGGCACUAAAUCCAGAGUUUGCUUAAUAUAAACAGUCAUCAAUCCAAUGGAAUCUCCACCCAGUAACAGACACAAGAUGAAUUAUUGAACCUUGUGAAUUGCUGAUCAAAUGGUAGUGAGAAUUCAAAUUAAUUUCGUCUGGAAUUAUAUUUAUAUCUCUGUGGAGAAAUGGCUUCUACAUUCUAAUCGGACAAGGCCUUGACAUUUUUUAAGGUUAUUGGAGUUCUUUAUGUAUCUAUAUGAUUUUUCUCUAAGGGCUUGAAACAAUGUUUUGUUCUUUUUAUUAGAUUGAAUGUAAAUCAGGGAUGUAACUUGAGUUCCAAAAGAUGCUGUUUAGAAGCAUCAAAACCUUCAUGGCUUGAUAUUGACAGAGAAUUGGCAGUGUUGA